AUGGCAGACCCGUUCGCCACCCUGUCGUCGCCCCUCACGCCCCUCACGGCCUCGACCUCGUCGACCCCCGCCUCCGCCUCGCUCGCCGCCCCGACUGUCGCUCAACCAGGGCCCUCGGCCCCGAGCACGCCCGCCGUUCAGUCGCCCUACCUCGCCUUCCGCACCGCGAUCCGCCACGAGCUGCGCGACCUCGCCCAGUCGCUCAAGACGCGCCGCGACCACGACGAGCCCGCGACCGCCGAGCAGCUCCAAGACGCCGUCCACCACGCCCUGAGCCAUGCGGGUGCGCUCAAACGCUCCGAGAUGACCGGCAGGCCCGACUGGGAGGUCGACGCGAGGCAAGCGACCCUCACUCGCGCCUUCGAGGAGCUCGUCAACGAGGCGGCAACAACCUCGUCAGACGACGCCGCGUUCGCCCACCUGCAAGACCUCCUCGACGCCGUCCUGUGCGCCUACGAGUCGGAAUACCUCGACGAAAUGGUCCCGCUCAACAUCCUGUCGGCCCUCAUGGACCUGCGCCCCGUCACGGCGUGCGAGCCGCUCCUGAGCUACAUCGAGACCCGCUCCGAGCGCCUUACCAAGGGCAUGGAUUCCGCACGCGGCCGCGGCCCGAUCCUCCUCCGCCUCCUCAACGACCUCCUGCGGCGCCUCCCGCGCUCCCAGUCCGGGCCCGUCAUCCUCUCGGGCCGGAUCCUCCUCCUCCUCAGCUCGGUGUUCCCGCUCGGCGAGAAGAGCGGCGUCAACCUGCGCGGCGGGUUCAACCUCGGCAAGGGCUCCGUGUGGGAGCAGGAGGUCAAGGCCAAGGAGAUCGAGGGCGCCAAAGCCGAUGCGGCCAAGGAGGAGCAGGACGAGGCCGAGGGCAAGGGCAAGGAGGGCGAGGACGCCAAGAUGGGCGACGUCGAGGAGGGAGAAGAGGCCGAGGCGGGCUCGAGCGGGACGUCGUCGGGCUUCUACGCUACCUUCUGGUCCCUCCAACGCGUCUUCAACAACCCGCACCUCCUCUUCUCGCCCGCACCUCCCUCUUCUUCGUCUUCCCCGCUCGCCGACCUCCAGACGGGCGUCCGCAAAACGCUCGCCGCGUUCGACGCCGCGACCAAGAAGGAGAAGGCGCUGUCGGGCACGGCGGCCAAAGGCGACAAGGCGGCGCCGGCGAGGGGUGGCGAGGGCGCAAAGGAGGCCGACGAGGGCCUCGAGGAGUACUUCUUCCCCAAGUUCCUCACGAGCCGAAACUUGCUCGACCUCGAGCUCUCGGACCCGUCCUUCCGGCGCCAGAUCCUCGUCCAGCUCCUCAUCCUGUUCCAGUACCUCCUGUCGCUCACGCCGUCGGCGCGAGCGCGCACGGCGGCGCUCCCCGUCACGAACCAGCCGGCCCUGUCGCCGCACGUGCUCGGCGCCGACGACGAGAAGUGGGUGCGCGAGCUGAGGAGUCGCACGCUCGACGAGAUGGACGACAUGCAGGGUGGGAGGAGGUUCCGCAAGGCCGUCAUGGUCGUGCUCACGCGCGAGCAGAACUGGACCGACUGGAAGCUCCGGUCGUGCCAGCCUUUCACCAAGCCCGCCCUCGCGACCGCCGACGUGUCGGCCACUGCCCGCGCCCGCCACAAGGCGCUCGCGCGCCGCCCCAAGCGCUUCCCGUACGCGUUGGGCAACCCGAGGCUCGACCGCCUGUGGCGGCACAACACGACGAGCCUCGACGGGUUUGAGCCGAGCGUCGGCGCCGACGACCUCUCAUCGCUCCUCGCGCCCACAGGCGCCUACUCGCAGUCGCUCGCGGCCCUGCGCCGCCUGCGCUCUGCGGGUGCGUCGGCGGCCUCGCCGCCCGGCGCACUCGCGAGCGCCGAGGCGGCGCACCAGGCGGCCCAGUGGCGCGCCGUGCGCGCCGCCGCGUCGAGCGAGCUGAGGUUCUUUGCCCGGAUCGGCGCGGGCGACGUCGAGAAGCUCAAGCGGCUCAUGGACGAGGAGAGGCGCGAGAGGGAGGAGCGCGAGGGAGCGGGCGAGGGGGAGGUCAAGGGCGAGGAGCAGGAGGAGGACGAGAAGGGCGAGUACGACAGCGACGAGUCGGUACUCGGGCUGCGCCCGCCCAAGGUGCGCGAGAAGGAGGCCGGCACGCCCGAGCCGCCUGCCGCCGCGACGGGCGCACGCGACGGCGACGACGCCAAAAUGGACGUCGAGCCGCCCGCAGCUGCAGCUGCAGCCGACGGCGACGACGACGCGGGCACGCCGCCGCCUCCUCCUUCCCUCGCCGCUGCCGCCGCCGCCCCUUCUUCCUCUUCAGCUUCUUCCGCUCCCUCGACCUCGACCGCACCCGCACCCGCACCCGCACCCGCACCCGACGAGCCCGGCACGCCCCCUCCCCCGUCGCCGCAAGCCGAGACCCCGCCGCCGCGCACCGGCACCACCACCGGCGCAACGGUCGCCGAGCCGGGCACGCCCGGGACGCCCAAGCGCGCGAGGGCGCCCGAGGACGAGGGCGAGCGCGAGCGCGAGGGGGACGAGGUGCGCGGUCGGGAGAGGGGGAGGGACGUCGAGAUGGGUCAGGGUGAGGGGGGCCCGAGCGGCGGCGGGAGCAGCAGCAAGGGGGACAAGAAGCGCGCGAGGGUCGAGUAGAGGCUGUGGGAGGGUGAGGGGAGGGGAAGGGGCUGCAACGCGGCUCGCUCGGUGCUGCGCUCGU